AUGCAUCCUCCGGCAAUUACAUCCUCUGCUUGUCCGGGCUAUUAUUUUGUUCCGCCCCUGGCAUUGGAGAGCAAGGUGCACGAGCUAGAUGAGGAGGACUGGAGCAAAGUCCUCGCCAUCAACCUGAGCGGCGUCCGCUUCUGCCAGAUGGAGGAGCUCCGCAUCAUGAAGGACUAA